GCUCUCCGUCCAGGCGUCGCUUCGCUUUCCUGCCGGGGAAGAUCGUUCCCUCUGUGACCCUGCUGAGCCAAGAGACUCCGAUGGACUUACACCGGGCAGCCUUCAAGAUGGAGAACUCGUCCUAUCUUCCCAACCCGCUGGCGUCUCCGGCGCUGAUGGUCCUCGCCUCCACCGCCGAAGCCAGCCGCGACGCGUCCAUCCCCUGCCAGCAGCCGAGACCCUUCGGCGUCCCGGUGUCGGUGGAUAAAGACGUGCACAUCCCCUUUACCAAUGGCUCCUACACGUUUGCCUCCAUGUAUCACCGGCAAGGUGGGGUGCCCGGUGCCUUUGCGAACCGUGACUUUCCCCCUUCCUUGCUGCACCUCCACCCCCAGUUUGCGCCCCCCAACCUGGACUGCACCCCGAUCAGCAUGUUGAACCACAGCGGCGUUGGCGCUUUCCGCCCCUUUGCUUCCACCGAAGACCGGGAGAGCUACCAGUCGGCCUUCACCCCGGCCAAGCGCCUGAAAAACUGCCACGACACCGACUCGCCCCAUCUGCGCUUCUCGGACGCCGAGGGCAAGGAGUACGAGUUUGGCACGCAGCUCCCCUCCAGCUCCCCCGGGUCGCUCAAAGUCGACGACACGGGGAAAAAGAUCUUCGCCGUCUCGGGCCUCAUAUCUGACCGGGAGACCUCGUCCAGCCCCGAAGACCGGAACGACAGAUGCAAGAAGAAGGCCACGUUGUUCGACAGCCAGGCCCCGAUCUGCCCCAUCUGCCAGGUGCUGCUGCGCCCAGGGGAGCUGCAGGAGCACAUGGAGCAGGAGCUGGAGAAGCUCACGCAGCUGAACAUCAGCAAGAACUCCAUCCUGAAGGAGGCCAUGGCAUCGGGCACUCCCAAGUCCAUCCUGUUGUCGGCCUCCAUCAAGCGGGAAGGGGACUCUCCGACAGCAUCACCUCACUCCUCGGACGAUAUCCACCACUCGGACAGAUACCAGACCUUCCUGAGGGUGCGAGCGAACAGGCAGACCCGGCUGAACGUUUUGUCCUCUUUCUCUGGACCCCUUCUGCUUCUGCUGUAUCCUUUCUGGGGGACAGUGACCAGAACUGGAGACAGUAUUCCAGCUCGGAUUGGGAAAAUGAAACGGAGGAAGCAAGACGAAGGGCAGGUAUGUCCCCUCUGCAGCCGGCCUCUGGCAGGAUCCGAGGAGGAGAUGAGUAGGCAUGUGGAACAAUGCCUUGCCAAGAGAGAAGGCUCGUGCAUGGCCGAGGACGACUCCGUGGACAUUGAGAAUGAGAAUGGCAACCGCUUUGAGGAGUACGAGUGGUGCGGGCAGAAGCGGAUACGGGCCACCACCCUCCUGGAGGGGGGGUUCCGAGGCUCUGGGUUCGUCAUGUGCAGUGGGAAGGAGAAUCCCGACAGCGACGCCGACCUCGAUGUGGAUGGGGACGACACACUCGAAUACGGGAAGCCACAGUACACGGAAGCUGACAUCAUCCCUUGCACCGGGGAAGAGCCGGGCGAAGCCAAAGAAAGGGAGGCGCUCCGCGGUGCUGUCUUAAAUGGCGGCACGCCCAGUACCCGAAUAACGCCGGAGUUUUCCAAGUGGGCCAGCGACGAAAUGCCCUCGACGAGUAACGGGGAGAGCAGUAAACAGGAGACCAUGCAAAAGACCUGUAAGAACAGCGACAUUGAAAAAAUUACGGAAGACUCAGCAGUGACAACGUUCGAAGCGUUAAAGGCUCGUGUCCGUGAGUUAGAAAGGCAGCUUUCCCGUGGGGACCGCUAUAAAUGUCUCAUUUGCAUGGACUCGUACACAAUGCCCUUGACUUCCAUCCAGUGCUGGCACGUGCACUGCGAAGAAUGCUGGCUGCGGACUCUGGGUGCCAAGAAGCUCUGCCCUCAGUGCAACACCAUCACGUCCCCGGGCGACCUGCGGCGCAUCUACUUAUGAAGAAGGCAGCCGGAGGGCGGGACCGGGCGGCUCGGCCCAGCCCGGCUCCAGCGCCGCGGCGGGAGAACGACGACCGCGACAGUAAGAGACGUUUUUAACAGAACCCAAUAGACUCUGACCGCGGCCGGGAGGCUGCGGGAGCAGCUGGGAUGCCACGGACCGGGCCUGGCCGUGGGACCUCCUUCAGCGACUCCAGUGGGCAAACCCCAAACCUUUGGCUGUGACGCCCCCUUUUUAAACCAGUACCCCCACCCCGUCUCCCCGGCGCUGGAUGAGCAUCGGAGGGGUGCGCGACCCCUUCAGAACAAGGGACCCUCGGCGAGACACGGAGCCAGAACCUGUAACUUGUGCUCUUGGUUCAGUUUUUUUUUGGUUGUUUUCUGAGUUUUGUUUGGUUUUUUCGUUCCGUUCUGUUUUCUGUUUGGUUUUUUUCUUUCGUGGUGUUCUAGUGACUUAAAAAAAGGUUUAAAAAAGAAAAAAAAAACCCUAAACCCCACCUCCCCCCACACACAGGCAGAAAUGAAGCACAUGUAAUAUAGACGAUAUAUGUUUACAAUGUUGUGUAUAAAUGGGAUAGACUCAAACAUUACAUACUAAUAAGUUUCCCUUCCGCCUUUUUUUGGUUGUAUUUUUUUUAAAGAAGAAAAAGAGAAAGAAAAAAAGAGCAGAGAACAUUAAACCCAUAUUUUUCUUGGUUCUGCAAAGUUUUGGCAUUAAAGUCAUUAGUUUAAAAAAAAAAAAGAAUAUAUAUACAUAUAUAUAAUAUAAAUGGUUUAAUGUUCUGUGGUGUAUAUUUCCUCAUUCAGAUAUGAAGUUAACAGCUCUUAGUAAUGGCUGUAGCAUCACCCAUAACUUACAGGACUUAUGGGGAGUAGAGGAGAUGGGUUUUUUGUCAUUAGUCGUAGCUAAUGGGGCUAUUUAUACUAGGAUCCUUUCCCCCCCCGGAAGGACAACCGUGGUCAUUUCUCAGCAGGGGAGACGGAGGGGGCCUGGCUCCCGGGCCUGUGGCCUUUCCCACCAGAGACAGCAACGAACUCAGCUGGUCCCAGCCUGCCCCAUGGCCCGCUCCGAGCCCGGGCUCCCCUCCCAGCACCGCCACUGCUGACUCAGUUUGUGCCCCCGUCGACGGACUCGCUGUCUGCUGCACGAAGCCGCCCGUGCCCGCCUGCGGCAGAGGGUCCCGCGGCCUUUUGUGCCAUCCCUGCCAGCUGGAAAAGGCCCCGGGGCCAGGUGCUUCCCGUCUCCCAUUGGGGAUGUGCUGGCUCUACGCCGGUCUCGUCCUGCACAGUGUCCCAUCAGGGAGACGCUAGGAACCGCCCUGACUUGUGCUGCACCCGGGGCUUUCCCUUUGCACACCUCCGCAGCCCGGUGCUCCAUGGCCUUCCAAAACCACCGCGGGCCAGAGGCGCCGUUGACUCACCUGCUCCCUCCUGGCUCACAGGGCCAUCUGUGCCCCCCAGGAGCAGAGCUGCGCUGCUCGGCCCAGCUAGUUUUGCAAGACUGGGCGGGCACCGCUAAGCCAACGGCUGAGACCUCACUGUGGGCUGCGCCUUUGGGGUCUUCUAGCUUUUCCUCCCCAGGCUGAGCCCAGGUGUGAAGCGGCCACACAAAGACCUGCUGUGGGCUGGUGUAUAAAGGUGGCUGGAGCAGGCCACCAACCAAGCCGUGGCGAGGCACCAGGGUCAGCAGCUCGAGCUGAUUCAAAGGCCUCUCCUGGGGGUGCCAGGAUCUGGCUGCUGGAUGUGUGAAAACACCCAGAGCUGCUGUCACGCACAGGCAGACGGUCACUGGACUCAGCAUCUGGGGGGCUCCAGCACGGCAGCUGGAUCUAGCUGCUGGGCGUCCUCCUCGCCUCCGUGGAGGCAGCGCUCAGACCCCUCUGUGCCUUUAGCACGAGGGUUGUAGAAGCAGCCGGGGAGGAAACAUCGCAGUGAGGGAACAUCAGGGCUUUGCUUCGGGGCUGGCAUGGGCAGGCUGUGCAGUGUGGCCUUGCCCUGGGAAGUGAGUUCGAGGGCCACGCGGUGAUCCAUGUUGGGGGCGGGGGACAGAGCGGGCUCCCAAUGCCCAGGCCAGCUUCUCCCCCCGGUGUGUUGUGGACCAGCAGUGUGCUGUAUGUACGUAGCUGUAAAACCAUAUGUAACCAGUACCGUUCCUUUCUUUUCAUGUAAAGCCAUCCCUGUUUCGUCACGGCGCGGGUGGGGGGGUGUAUGGGAACCAGGGUGGGGGGAGAGUCUUGUCUGGGCCUGCUCUGGAGCCAGCCGCGGCCUGUAGCACGGCAUCACUUCCGCCUCUUCCGCAGGGAGUUUUAAGGAAAAAGGAAAUAAUAAAAAGACGUACGGAGUCGACGAUCUUUGCCCAAAGAAUCCCAAUUGCACACGGUGAUAUUCCAGUCGUGUCCAUGAUUGUGUGUCAAUGUAUAUUCUAUAAAAAGGUACUUGUCAUUCCCGUUUGUAAACUACAUUUGACAUUAAUUAAACCAGUAUAAAUCC